AUGCCCCAGAAAGAAAAAAAACCAAGGGAGGGAAUCAAAGAGCCGGAUGACGAGGUCCCAGAAGAUCAGGAGGCAGAGAGCAAGGGGACCAGGAGGACGACGAAAUUCCAGGAGCACAGCCGUGACUCAUCCGAGCCUGACGUGAGGAGAAGCGAGAGGAAGUGUGAGAACAGCAAGAAGGUCAAAAAGAAGAAAAAGAAGCCCAAGGAUGGGGCGACAAGCGACGAAUCUCAGAGUACAGACGAUGAAGAUGGCCACCAUGCGGGCUCCAGGAGCAGGAAGAGGGCUGAGAGUCUCCCUGACAUCGUAAAGACCACCAGAAAGGAAACCAAGAAGAAGAAAAAGCCCUCCGUCGAGGACACACGGGACCCAGACAUGGGCUCCAAGGACAAGAAGUCCAAAGAUGACGAUAAAAAAUCCAAGAAGGAUAAAGAGGGUGAGGAAGACACCAAGAAGGGAAAAGGCAAGAAGAAGAAGGUGGAGAACUACGUGGAGAUUUAUGAGAACGAACUCAGGACCUACGAGCCAGAAGCCGUAGAGAACUAUGAGGAUGAGUACCACAAGAAAAAAGUUUACGAGGUGGUGACCAUCACAGGGGACGAGAUAGGUGCGGGCACUGAUGCCAACGUGUUUGUCUCUCUGUUUGGGGAAUACGGCAUCACUCCGAAGGUGCAUCUGGCCAGCAACACAGAGAAGAGGAGCCGUACUGCAUUUGAGAAGAACAAGACAGAUGUGUUCAGAAUCAAAACUCACAACGUGGGUCCACUGAAGAAAAUCAGGAUAGAACAUGACAACACGGGUCUGAAUGCCAGCUGGUUCUUGGACAGGGUGGUGGUCACAGACAUGACCAGGCCCCACCUCAGGUUUUACUUUGCCUGCAACAACUGGCUGAGCAAGAUGGAGGCAGACCACCUGUUUGUGAGAGACAUCCUGGGGAGCAUGGACCCCAUGGACAUGCCCAAAUAUAAUAAAUACAUUCUGAGCGUAUUUACUGCGGACAUUAAAGGCAGUGGAACAGAUGCUGACGUCUUCAUCAACAUCUUUGGAGAAUUUGGGGACUCCGGGGAAAGAUGUUUGGACAACGACAAGAACAACUUUGAGAAAGGAACUGAGGACAAGUUCACCAUGGAGGCUCCCAACUUGGGAAAGAUCCGUAAGGUCACCAUCGGACACAACAACAAAGGGUCGUCAGCCGGCUGGUUUUUAGACAAGGUGAUGCUGGAUGACUUAGGGAACAAGAUGGUGUACGAGUUUCCUGUUGGCCGCUGGUUCGCCAUCGACGAGGAUGACGGGAAGAUCCAGAGGGACAUCCUGGUGGGAGGAAGCCAACCCACAGGCAUCGUGUACACCGUCCAGGUUGUGACUGGGACCAUCCGCGGAGCUGGCACCAACUCCAAAAUCAACGUUGUCAUGCACGGCUCCAAGGGGCUGAAGAACAGCGGCAAGGUGUUUCUGGAGGGGGGCAAGUUUGAGCGCGGCCUGACCGACAUCUUCACCGUGGAGAUCGCCGCGCUCCUCAGCCCACUCAGCAGGGUCACCGUCGGCCACGACAACGGAGGGGUCAGCGCCGGAUGGUACUGUGAAAAGGUGGUAGUGUUCUGUCCGUUCACGGGCAUCGAGCAGACGUUCCCCUGCUGCAAGUGGCUGGACGAGGACGAGGGAGACGGCCUCAUCGAGAGAGAGCUCUACGAGAUGGUCUCUCUCAGGCAGAAGAGGCAGAAGAAGCACCCCUGGUCUCUGUGGAUCUGGACCUCUGACCUGCCCGGGGCCGGCACGGACGCAGACGUCUCCUUCCAGAUCUACGGGGACAAGGGCAAGUCAGACGAGAUGAGGCUGGACAACAAGACCGACAACUUUGAACAGGGCCAUGUGGACAGGUUCAUGGUGGAACUUCCUGACCUGGGGAAAGUGACUAAGUUUCGUAUCUGGCAUGAGAAAAGGAGCCCUUUUCAAGGAUGGCAUUUGAGCAAGGCCUCUCUGAUGAAGACUCUAACCAAGGAAAAGUAUAAAUUCUCCUGUGAGCGCUGGCUGGAUGUCAACGAGGACGACAACGAGGUUGUGAGGGAGCUCCCCGCCAUGGGAGACAACAUCCCUGAACCCCUGCCCCUGCUAAAGUACCGGGUGACCGUGUGCACGGGGAACGUGGGCGGCAGUGGGACGGACGCCACCGUCUUCAUGAGCAUGGUCGGUGACCUCGGGGACACGGGAGACCGCGCGCUGGUCAACUGUAAAAACAACGUCAACAAGUUUGAGAAAGGCAGCAUGGAUGAGUUCAUAGUCGAGGCCGUGUCCAUAGGCCAGGUGCGCAGGGUGCGCAUCGGGCAUGACGGGCGUGGCGGGGGCUGUGGCUGGUACCUGGACAAGGUGGUGGUACGAGAGGAGGGCCAGGCCGAGUCUCAGGCUGUGGAGUUCCCCUGUGGCAGGUGGCUGGACCGGAAUGAGGAUGACGGGCAGAUUGUUCGGGAGUUGGUGCCGUUUUCAGAUGGACAGCGCCUUUACAACGUGAGCUACCGCGUGGCGGUGAAGACGGGCAACGUGAGUGGAGGCAGCUCCGACUCCAAGGUGUUUGUGAAGCUCUACGGGGAGAAGGGCGACACCAGCAAGAUGAUGCUGGUGGUGUCUGACAACAACCUGAGGAACUACUUUGAGACAGGGCGCGUGGACAUCUUUACAGUGGAGACCUUCGACAUAGGACAGAUCAACCGGCUGAUGAUUGGCCACACCAACGAGGGUAUGCGAGCCGGUUGGUUCCUGGACAGCGUGCAGAUCCAGGUCCCGGUCCACGGGAAGCAGUACAUGUUCCCCAGCCACCGCUGGCUGUGCAAGACAGAGGCGGAUGGGAAGGUGGAGGUGGAGAUCUACCCCAGCGAGAUCCUGGACAUUGAACAACGUAGCACACUUCUCCUGCACUGUUCUAUGCACUUUUUUCCAAUGUCAUAA